AAGCACCUAGGCAUGCAGACUGCUUCUACUAACAUUUGUGAAAAAAUGGGUCACUCUCAGGAGCUCAAUGAAUUCAAGCGUGGUACCGUGAUGGGUUGCCACCUGUGCAAUAAGUCCAUCCGUGAAAUUUCCUUGCUACUAAAUAUUCCACAUCAACUGUUAAUGGGAUUAUAAAAAAGUGGAAGCAACUGGGAACAAGAGCAACACAGCUAUGAAGUGGUAGGCCACGUAAAAUGACAGAGUGGGGUCAGCGUAUGCUGAAGCGUACAGUGCGCAGAAGUUCCAACUGUCUGUAGAGUCAAUAGCUAAAAACCUCUAAAUUGUAGAGUGGUGCAAAUCAGGACAACAACAGGGUGGAGUAAGAUAUCUAGGAAAUCGGUGCCUUUUGAACUGUAUCCAA